UUGAGCGCUAUGGAGGCCUAUGAGCAGGUCCAGAAGGGCCCCCUGAAGCUGAAAGGCAUUUCGGAGCUUGGAGUGACAAAGCGGAGGAAGAAGAAGAAGGACAAAGACCAGGCCAAGAUACUGGAGGCCAUGGGGACGAGCAAGAAGAUCGAGGAGAAGAGGCACUGCCUGGACAAGCGCACGCCGGCACAGGUGGCCUUCGAAAAGAUGCAGGAGGAGCGUCAAAUGGAAAGAAUCCUGAAGAAAGCAUCCAAAACCCACAAGCAGAGAGUGGAGGACUUCAACCGACACCUGGACACACUCACCGAGCACUAUGACAUUCCCAAAGUCAGCUGGACCAAGUAA